AUGGCCGACGAGAAUGGCGCUCCAGGGUCGUCACGGUCGAGUCGGAAUGUUGAACUCCAAGUGGUUCCGACUCUCAACUCGACCCAUCAACAGAUGAAAAAGUGUGUAACUGUAGAUCUACUGACGGCUUCUCAACGGGAAGUCAACUUUCUUCGAAUGAUUGAUAGGAAGGCUCCAGUAUUAUACGAGAAGUCAGUAGUCGAGAAUGCAAUACGAAGAUACGAAACCUACUGGCUGCCGAUGCAAUCAGCCAAACCUGAUCUCAACAACAUCCCGCCUCUGGAUAUUCAUUGGAUUUGGCACACACACAUGUUAUGUCCGGUGGCAUACGAAGAAGUCAGUUUGCAUUUAUUGUAGAGUCUUACAGGGUGGGGAAUUUUGUGGCCCGAUUUGAAUUGGCUAUAACUUCUUUAUUUUUGGACCAACUGUUAAGAUUCUUCUACGAAUGCUGAGCGUCAUAGAUGCCGUUACUGAGCCUUCGGACCUAUGUGAUACCGUGGAAUAAUUUACGGUCGUUUGACCGUAUAUGUUAUAUUGAUUGUCUAUGAAACCGGUGGGUCUUAAACCUCUUUGGGAGCCGUAGGCAAACAAGAUGUGCUUUGUUCAACAUGCCGGUAUAAGACCAUGAUGAAAGGUAUGAAAUCGUGGCCUCGCUAAACAACCCUACUUUUCUGUAGUCUAAUAAAUAUUAGCCAACAUGUUUAUUAGACUACAGUAACGGUUAACAGCAAACGAAAAACUAAAUUCUUAUAAUUUAUUUUCUCGGUUGUUAUGAUUGUCUGUCGGUAAAUGGAAGUUUAGAUAAAGAGUUUAGAUCAUAAAAGAAUCUUAAGAUUUUGCCUAAAAAUAAAGUAGUUAAAGCCAAUAUCGGGCCACAAAAAGCGCUUUAUGUUGUCUUAUACAUAGGAUUGUGUGAGGAUUUGUGGGCAAAUUGUUGAUCACAAGUUACUCAGUUCUGAUGAGAUACAACAACGGUACGAGCAGUCGGUGUCGCUCUGGAAUGAGUUUUGCCCGGAUGAGCCGUACGACUUUUUGAAUUCAAAUGUUUCUGUCGCUCAGGAUUACGUUCAGAAAUCAAAGUACAACAUCGCCGACGCGGUCCAACGCCAAAGAAAUUUUAAUUAUCAGGUAGGACGCACUGCUGUGACUUCUGCAAUAUAUAGGUUUCAUUGCCACAUUUUACGUCUCCCAAGUUUUUGAAGGACGCGAUUGAUCGGUACAUAAACUUCCUGUUGAUCAAACAGACUUAUCCCGAGCAAUUCUUUACUCCCUGUUACGAUUUUGACUUGGUUUGGCACACCCACCAGGUCCAUGCUGCAGCAUAUCGACGAGACUGUACAGCCAUUUUCGGAAGCAUUCUCAGACAUGAUGAUUCGGUGAAUGAUCGGUCCAAGAAUUCCAAAUUACUGAAAGGAGAAGCGGCAACCAAGAAGGCUUGGGCUGCACACUUCAAGGAGGGAUUCUGGAGACGUGGAUGUAUGUAUCGGUAAGUCAUCCACAUCCUGACAAACAAGUAAAAGUUCAGGGGUCAUGUGGCGCCAGUCUUUUUGGGUUUCGAAAGUCAAGAUAUGGGUAUCAUCACAUAUGGCCAUGUUCACAUUCCCUCGAUCUCGCUUAAAGAGAUCCCUGUUCAGAGAGAACAGCUUAGAUUGAAGUUGUCUUAUGGAGGAAAGAAGAUCACCACUUUUAACGCUGAUCUGGCUGACAAGCAAGUCACCCGUUCUAGCUUCUCUUUAGUCUGGCAGCCUUCGGAUUCGGGGGGAUUCUCGACUUCAUCGAUAGUCAAAUUCCCGUUCGAAAAGAAGAAUGCAAAGGAUCUGGUAGUUGAAUUGGAAUUAUAUGAUAAGGUGUUUUUACAAAAACGGGACAUUGUUACAUUGACUGGUAGACUACCCUUAGAACAAGUAGGUGAAGCUAACAACAAAUAAAAGUAACCAACGUGAAUAAACAUUAGAAAUUGUAGCUCAUUCCUGGCUCAAAUCUGAAGACAGUUCAGAACCAUAUGCCUCUGGAAAGUGUGAACGCGGAACGGGUGAUGAAUGCAAAAGUGACGGUAAUUACGAGGUGAGAACCCUGAAAAUGGCGGGAACACUUUUUUGUUGCAGUAUCUCUUUGAACCGAGAAAUGGAACUAAUGGCUGGAGAUUAUGUUGAACAACCAAUCGAGCCCGACAGCAGACUGUGGACGUUGUGUCAGAGUGCAGCAUUAAAUCGGACAGCAUUGCAACCCAAUGCUAAGGCCUACGUAGCCACCCAUAAGUAAGGCUCAAGGGUGUCAUAUAAUUAAAACAAUUGCAGUCUAAUUGACACACGUGAUGGCGCUAAAUAUUUCGUACAGGUGGUCCACAACGCGGACAUGUUACUCUCCAUGGUUCUGGUCUAUGGCGCGGGCCAGAGGUUGCUUUGCAUGGCUCACUUAAUUGGUGCUGACAGUCUUCCUUCGAAAGAACAACUCGACUCCAAUUUGGUAGGCAAUUCCCUCAGAAGGCGUUUAAUUUUUCCAGCAAUUCCUGCCACAUCUUUCGUCCCCUGAUGAAAGAGUUUUUAUUGUUCUGAACAAGGACGGAGACUCUGCUAUUGUAAAGGGAAGGUGGAAUGGAUUUUCCAGGAAAAUAUCCGGGGACAAGAUGCAUAAAGGAAAGCCCGGUUCGGCUGGAGUCCUUAAUGUGGAGUUGUUCAAUCUCUUGAAGAACACAGUACAGAAAAUUCAACUUCCUGGAGCUGAUGGAUCCACUUUGUUCGUCUUAGGAGGUAGAACUCUCCAGAAUAACAGUCACGUUUUAGAUGCCCAAGCACGUCUCAAUGGCCGACGAAUCCAUUGCCGUUCCACACAAACGGCUGAACACAUCGCUUGUAUUUUCUCGAUCGGUACUUUAUUUGUUUUAUGCAACCCGGAUAAAGUAAGGUCGAGGCAAGAUACGACGAUGGUGGGUCAUCAAUGUCAGAAGUGGCCAAUCCCGAUUGCCUGUGGCUAUGGGAAACCUGUACCAUCAAACAGAUACCUAGUUGGACGUCAAGAAGGCGCAGCUUGUGAUGCCACGCCUGCCCUUUUGGCCAUGUUUGGAUCAGCCGGCCUCUGUGAUAGUGGAGCUGGUUGUGGCUCCGCGUGCGCUGGAUGUAGUGCUUGUGGAGCGUGUGGAGGCUGUGGCGGUGAGUUCUUGGAUUAUGUGCAUGUACAGUUGCGGUCAAGAAAAAAAGACAUGGACGUUUUUGUCCCCACUCCGGUUUAGUCUCCAGGACGGUUUUGUCCCCAUUAUUUUAUUUUUGAAAAUUCUUUGACCAGCUGCCAAUGAGUUGAAAUCACAGCCAAAUUUUUUGAUGGAUCCAGGUUAUUACUAGCCAUUUUAAUAAAAUAAGGAUGGUGACAUACAAAUCAAAUCGGGUUUCAAACCGCCAUUUCUUGUCUGUUAGGCUUCCAGACAAUAAAUGUGUAAUUCUUGUCUGAAAUUGCGUAACAUUGCGCAAUAUUGCACAAAUUUCUGCUCUCUCACCGUGAGGAUUUUUUUCUUUUUUUCUCUGCUCACAAGGGAAUGGUCCCAACGAUCCGUGGGAUCCACAAAUGAAACCUAGAUAUUCUGAAAGAGCAGGUAAAAUUUAGUAGGAAUCCGUUUUUUCUACUUGCCGAAUAAGUCUGUGCGACGAGAAAUAUCGACGAAAAGAUCCGACCAAAAAAUCGAAAGAGAGAAAAGACGAACCGAAAGGCCUUGGAAGGCGUCACCAAAUAGUCUAGUGGAAAAAGUUCCACGCACGAACCUUUUGGGGAAGGGAGGCCUUGGAGGUUCGAGUCCACCCGGAGCGGAUAUCUCCGGCUUGAACCCAACUGUUCAUCAUUACUGUGUUCUACAGUUAUAUAAAAAAUUUUUUUUUGUUUAUUGACCUGUUUUACAGGGUUGUUGCAUCGAGCCGUAACAAAUUCUGUUCAUUACCUCUUUCUAUGAUACCACCAGGUCCGAAGUUCCAAAAAAGACAAAUUUAUGCAAUUUUAUACCUUCCGGGCAGAAUUUGGGAAAAAUAGUUUGGGAACUUGUUAAACACAUGCCCACGGCCAUCUUAAACCAAAAAACUCAAAAUCGAUUUUUUCGUAAAUAUUCACGCGGUCACGCAAGGACCCAAAAAUUCUCUUUUCAACUUUUCUUGCAAAAUUUUAUGAAAAGUUGAGAUUUUGGCAACAUCCUUUUUGGGAAACCGAAAAAGAUCUGCAAGACCCUAUACAACCUUCCAGAAUCGAGUAUAAGUGUCUUGAAAAUACCAGACAUGGGGCUUAUCAAAAAUAUUGCCGAAGUGUCAACUUUUCUUAAAAUUUUGCAACAAACCCUGUAAAACAGGUCAAUAAACAAAAAAAUUUUUUUUGUAUAACUGUAGAACACCAUAAUGAAUACAUAGGUUCAAGCCGGAGAUAUCCGCUCCGGGUGGACUCGAACCUCCAAAGCCUACCUCCCGCAAAAGAUUCGUACGUGGAACUUUUUCCACUAGACUAUUUGGUGACGCCUUCCAAGACCUUUCGGUUCGUCUUUUCUUUCUUUCGAUUUUUUGGUCGGAUCUUUUCGUCGAUAUUUCUCGUCGCACAGACUUAUUCGGCAAGUAGAAAAAACGGAUUCCUACUAAAUUUUACCUGCUCUUUCAGAAUAUCUAGGUUUCAUUUGCGGAUCCCACGGAUCGUUGGGACCAUUCCCUUGUCAGACAAGAAUUGCGCAUUUCUUGUCUGGAAGCCUAACAGACAAGAAAUCGCGGUUUCUGGCCAUGAAACCCGAUUUGAUUUGUACGUCGCCACCCUUAUAUAGCUGUCAUUUCCAAGUUUUUGACACCGAUUCCAACUUUUUAGCUAGCUUCUUUGAGAUUUGGAAAGCAGACCAAGGUCUUCGGUUAGCCAUUAGAAAAUUUGGCUGUAAUUUCAACUUACUGCCAGCUGGUCAAAGAAUUUUCAAAAAUAAAAUAUUGGGGACAAAAACGACGGGACAUAACCGGUAGGGGACAAAAAAAUUAAAAAAGUGGGGACAAAAACGGGCCCAAUCUUUACCAUCCUGAUUUCAAAAAUAAUUUUUUCCGGAUCUUUACUUGUUUCUUAACAAGGGAUCGGCAAAUAGUUGCACCCUGCUUUCUUAACAAAACCUAUAUCAUUUGAAAGAGCGUUAAAAAUAGUACACAGCGCAAAAAAAAUUAGCUGCCCAAUAUAUGUUUGGGCAAAGUUAUGGCCAAAAUACAGAUUCUAGCCGAAUUUCCGCCUCACUUUAUAAGUUCUUCGAAUUGCAACGGAGUUGUGUCCAGUUGGCCGAGUGGUAGUGAGCCUACUUCCGGCGCAACAAGUCGAGGUUUCGAAUCCGGGCUCUGUAAAUUUUUUGCAUUUCGUCUCUUAUGUACCACAAAACCAUGGUAUAUUUACAUUUUUAAACAAUUUUUGUUCCUUCACAGACAAAAUCCAUAUUUACGGAAUUUUUGGGAGUUUUUGGCUUUUUCGAAACGACCACAAAUUUGAUGGUGAUGAGAGUGGGGUUGCCACUAUCGUAUAAUUACAAGGGUGUCAUGCCAGUAGCCUGACCGAUUAUAAUUACUAGACGAUAAUUCAAUUUACAAGGGCAUAUAAAUAAACUGUUUCGAAAAAAUACCAAGAGAAAAUUGCAAAAUCGGCUAAAAACGCUAUUGCUGACAUAGUGGACUAAUCGUUAGUAAGGCUAGGACAUACAAAAUUUUUGAUUUUGAGAUUUUUGUUUGUGAAUCACCACGAUGAUCAUAUGAAUGUAUUUACAAAGCUUUUUGCUCCAAUUUUCCCAUUGACCUAGUUUUAUUUACAAUUUUUUGUAACUAGCAGUAAUUUCUAAUAACUCAUAACCGAGGAAUGGUAAAUCCAUAAAACGUCCGUGAUAGACGUUUUGGGAUGCUAAGAAAUCAAUGAAAACGAUUUCAGGCCGCUAGGAUUACUGUAAUAUAAGAAACCGGCGUUUUGGCCGCAUAUGACCCCUUUAAUAAAACGGCCGUAACUUUGCCCAAACAUAUAUUGGGCAGCUAAUUUUUUUGCAUUGUACACUAUUUUUAAUGCUCUUUCAAAUGAUAUAUGUUUCGUUAAGAAAGCAGGGUGCAACUAUUUGCCGAUCCCUUGUAAGUAGUAAUGUUAGAUAGUAUUUGUAAAAUAUUUUUUGAGUAAGACGUGGACUUAAGGCUAAUAGAUCAUACUGAUUGCGAAAAUGAACAUUUUCUGGGGGCCCGGUAAAAAUCAGGCCCGGUCAGGUGGCCACCCCUCAUUUUGACAACGAGUAAAAUUUUCGGGGCUACGACUUUCCGGGUCAGCGACAGUUAGAGUUUCGCCGCAAAUUUUGGUAAAGAAAACUAACGUUAUUAAUAGCUAACAAGGAAGAUUAGAAAAGGUGAGCAUAUUGCAAGGUUUCGCCCAUUCUCCGCCGAGCCUUCGCCGACCAUCCAACGGCCUUGCCAGGCCUCGUAGACACUUCCUAUAUCUUAUUUUGGGUAUCCAUCUGCCCUACGCCCCGUAUCGAUCGAUUUUGUGUUGACCCGAACUGUCGUCGACCCGAAAAGUCGGGACGUCAAAUUUUUGGCUGUUUUUUCUUGGCUAGUUGGGACAAAACCUUGCUAAAAUUUUGGGCGCUACGACACUUCGGGUCAACGACACCUCGCACUGCAGGAUGAGCCAAGUCUUUCUCCUUGGAUGGUCAACUCUUCCUCUCAAAAUUCUUUUUUGUCAAGAUUAAUAUAAAUUUAUUUAUGUUUCAAUCUACAUACAUCGACUGGACAAUAACUCGAAAAGUAAGUUAAAUUAACCGUCUUCCUAUAUAUGCAAUGAUUUUUUGCAUUACGUAAGUUUAUCCUUGCGCAUUUAGCCAUUGUUGUAGGUAUACAAAUUUAGCUGAAUGCUGUUCGUUCUUGCGAUUCCAUGAACGAAAUUUAAAAGUCUUCCCCACAACAGAACCGGCGUCGAGCCUUCUUGGUGGCAGAAUUGUUUCAGCGUGAAAGGACUUACACUUUUUUUGUUGAUUCGAUUUUCGAUAUUACACUAGGUACUUUUGUAAGUUUACGGCGAGAUUAGGCCACGUUUUACGUCAUUUAAGAUCUACAUGGACAAUAAAACUUUAUUUUAGCAUUCUUAACGUCGUAACAGUGAUUUCCCCCCUUUUAUUGUCGUUUUUAAUUUUUUUUCAGAUUUUAGGUAUGGAACAGUUUUGAUGUAUCCGCGGCCAUAGAUGCGUAUUAAUACUUCGCAAACCAUAUUUAAAAGGUCCCUGAUCGAUCUGAAAAAUGUUUAGAACAGAAUGAGAGGUAUUUGAGACUUUUUUAGAUCCACGUUGUACUUGAUCACUUAGACCCUGAGACAUCUCAAACCCGGGUUUGAAAGAAUAUUUAUGUUGGGGACGGUUUAGUAAUGGCUCAGCUUUGUAGUUUUCCGGGUUUAAACUCCAAAAACAUUGGAUUUUGCCUGCAACUUGACAAAAGUACCUAGUGUAAUAUCGAAAAUCGAAUCAACAAAAAAACUGUAAGUCCUUUCAUGCUGAAACAAUUCUGGCACCAAGAAGGCUCGACGCCGGUUCUUUUGUGGGGAAGACUUUCAAAUUUCGUUCAUGGAAUCGCAAGAACGAACCGCAUUCAGCUAAAUUUAUAUACCUACUACAAUGUCUAAAUACGCAAGGAUAAACUCAUGUAAUGCAAAAAAUUGUUGCAGAGUCAGAAAGAGGGAUAAUUUAACUUACUUAUGGGGUUAUUGUCCUGUCGAAAUAUGCAGAUUAAAACAUAAAGAAGUUUAUAUUAAUCUUGACAAAAAAGAAUUUUGAGAGGAAGAGUUGACCAUCCAAGGAGAAAGACUUGGCUCAUCCUGCAGUGCCUCGGGUCAACGACAUUUCGGGUCAACGAUACCGUUUAAUAUUCUCGCUUCGGGACUGGGAAACAAGAUUUUUUUGGUAAAUUUGAAAAAUGUUUAAAAUGUUUUCGCUUCGGGACUUGCGAAAAGAAAUCCUUUGGAGAAUUUGAACAAAAUUUUGCAAUGUUUUCGCUUCGGGACUUGGGAAAAAGGAUUUUUUGGAGAAUUUGAUUUUUAAGAAUCCCGUGCAUCCAGUUAAAAACAUAAACAAUGGAUACGAUUUUCUUAUUUGCUCGUCGCUUAUAAACACUAUUUUUCUAACAAGGGAAGUACUUGAAGUGUGACGCUCAGAUUUUGAUGAAACUUGGCAUAAAUUUAGAAUAAUUUUUUCUAAGAUAUAUGCGAGAAUCCUAGCUCGCGCUUUACAGAAACAACCGAGAUUUUUAGAUCAAAAGUCGGCGAAAAUUUAGGACUUUUUGCCGAAUUUCGGCACGAAAAGUUUUAUGCCUAUUUCAACUGUAAAGGAUAAUGUUUCUACAAAAAAUCAAAUUUUUCCGCACGAAACUGCCAAAGUUAUGGCCAAAAAGCGCUUUUCUCUCUGACCGCUCUCCACGUUGAGCGUGCUCUCUCGGCGGCAAAAAUCGUUCAAUAUCUCGGCGGCGCCCGCAAAGCGCGAGCUAAAACUUUCAGGAAUUGAUAUUUAGUCCAUACCCGAUGUGUGUGCAAAAUUUAAAGAAAAUCUGAGAGUCACACUUGAAGUACUUCCCCUGUAAGCAAAAUUUUAAAAGAAACCAAAAUUCUCCAAAAAAUCCUUUUUCCCAAGUCCCGAAGCGAAAUUAUUAAACGUUGACCCGAAAUCUCGUUGACCCGAGGUGUCGUUCACCCGAAGUGCCGCGACCCGAGUUGUCGCUGACCCGAAAUCUCGGGACGCGAAAUUUUAAUAUCUAAAAUCUUUUUAUCAAUCGAUAGUGCAUGGACGUGCAGCUUUCCAAUGGCUUCUAAAAGCACAUCAUAUUACUGGUUAUCAAGUCAUCCCAGCGAAGUUAGGGAAAACAUUUUUAUACAUUUGUUUUUCUUGGCCGCCACUGUAUUAUAUUAUUACAGGUUGUGGAGGAUGCGGAGGAUGUGGCGGAUGUGGUUGA